ACUCUACCAAUUAGGUGAUGGAACCAGCCUCUGAUUUAUUCUUCACAAUAGGAAGGACAAGAAAACACAACUCUUUACUGUUUCUGAUUUACUUUAAUAUCUACUUUGCUAUAUCACAUCUUAUUGCCAAGCAGAAAUAAAUAUAAAUAUUACAAGAGUUGUUUCUUUAUUCAGCUUUCUAUAUUAUGCAGUUCUUUUUGGCAAAAUCUGCUAGAAUAUAUUCCUAUCUCAAUCUAGGUUACCUCUCUUAAGUUUCUACUGAAGUAAAAAUGCAUUCUGAUUUUUCAGUCCCUCCCAUUUGGGGGUGUCAAACACAGUGGAUUUGGACGAUUUGGUGGUGCAGAAGGUUUGCGAGCAUGCUGCCUUGUAAAAGCUGUUGUUGAAGAUAGAUGGUGGCCAUACAUAAAAACCGUGAUACCUAAGCCUAUUCAGUAUCCUGUAGCAGAAAAUGCCUUCGAAUUUCAGGAGUCACUAGUUGAAGCACUAUAUGGUCUCAGCAUAUGGGACCGUUUGAAAGCAUUGAAUUGAUUGAUGAGGAAAUCAAAGGAUACAAAGCAGCCAAAGCUCACACGCAAAACACCAUCUGCACCCAAACAAUCUUUCCCAAGAAGUUAGAAAAGUUGGAACGGGCAAUUGGAAAGGCCAAGAAGGAAAAGCUGAAACAGAAGAGAUGGAAUGAGGAGGUUAGAGCGUCAAGUAGUUUUAGUGUAGUUCCACUACUACGGCCACCGCCACCCUCAAUGUCUUCGGAUGAGGACUAUGAUGAUAAUGAAGAUGCAGAUGACACUGAAGACUAUAGCUGAUAGUUUUAGUAUGGUUGAACAAUAUACUAGGAAUUAUAGUUGAUGAUCAAUACACUUUGUUUAUGUUUUGAAUUAUAUUGACUUGCUUGUU